AUGGUGGACCUCACGAUUUCAGAGACCUCGGGUCUCAUUGCCGCAGCCGUUUUUCUUGUCCAAGUACUUCUAUCGCUGAUUUUCCCUGCUGCGCUGGUCGGAUUUGUUGAUGAACGAAACACCGCUGUCACUUGGUCUGUUCUCGGUCGGUCCUUGCAGUCUUCCCCUUGGCCAACGCUUCUACAAACCGACGCAGCGGCGCGACAUGGAGUCCUUCGCCGCGUUAGCAACGGACUGCUUUUCCAGACAGUCGUCGUUCUGUUGAUCUCAGUCGCCGCUAUCGUCACUCCUCUCGGCCUGUAUCAGACGGUUGAACCAGGCGACCCCUCGUUGGAGACGUUCCAGUUUGUCAAAGACAAAUCUUCCUUUGGCUAUGCCACCCCCGAUCAGGUCACCGGGCCAUUCACCAGGAGCUGUGGCUUAGACACAUGUCCCGGAUCCUGGGUGAACCGCACCUGUGUGCAGCAGGGACUCCUCCAGAACUGCAGCGAGGUUGUCUACGGCCGUGCUAUCCCUGACCUCUGGAGGUCCACGUUGCGAGAGGGAGCCGAGCAAGUAGAUCAGUCGGUAUCAAGCAUUUUCGACAUCCAGUGGAGGAGCCGAUAUAACGCAUCGGACGCGUUAGGCGAGUCGGGGUGGUAUCUGAAAUCAGGAUAUCGUCAGGUUGACAUAUUGAUCCUCGAUUCCACCAUACAGCUCGUCGACGGCCUCAUCGUCGACACCAAGAAUGGGGGCAUUGGCUUCCGAAACCACACCGCACCGGCUGCCUUUCACGAGUAUGGCACCACCUGGAGCGAGGAUAUCCUUUUCAUCGAGCCAGAAGCCCAGUGUGUGGAUUUGAACGUCACCUUUGACUUCGAGCUGUCCCAAAAUCAGACCGGACGACUUACACCAAGAAAGUUGGCUCUCGUGGAUCACGGUGGUUUCUCCGCCCUGUCUCGCACGAGCCCAGACUUGACAAUCCCCAAAGACGGCAACGGUCAGGAUCAGCUAGACCUCAGAGAAAGGGCAUACAAGGCUGCCUGGGCAAACAACUUCCUCACCCUGGCCACCUUCAACGCCACCGACCCCGAUGCAGACAAUAUCACGCGGCUUGACGUGACUCCUGGGAUGAAGUUCUUCGCUGACGAGGACGAUUCUUCGGUUGCAAACCACACUUCACUCGGAUUCAGGAUUGAUAACAACGUCUUCGCCGUCGACUAUCAAUCUAUUAGAUCUACGCUGGACUUUGGAGACUAUUUGCGGUUCGAGUCAGCCGAUUCAACCAACGGAUCAGAGCCAACCCGAAAUCCAUGGAUGAUUGGCGAACCACAGUUCAACCUCGUUUCCGAGAUCUGCGCCGGCGGCGACCACGACAACCCCGCCAACAUCAACAGCAGCCUCGUCGGUUGCGGGCUCGUGUACGGCUCCGCGCGCCGCACUGACGGCGGCUCCGACCUCAGCCCGGACCCCGGCUCGCAAUGGUCCCUCCCCGCCUUCAGCUGCGCGGCCUCGGUGCGCGCCACCAUCCGCACCGUGACCUUCCAGCACAACGGCACGGGCCUCGCCGCCCUUCACGUCCUCUCCGCCGCGCCCAAAACCUACCCCUCCCCCGCCGACCACCCGCACUGGGCCGUCGAGAACAUGGGCCCGACCAACCUCUGGAACGCCCAACCCCUCUGGGGCAUCCUGCCACCUUCGCAGUCCGCCCCGCCCCCGACUCUCAACCUCACCACCGUCCGCCAGCCGACCCUCCGCCUACCGGGGAUCGUCACGGCGGAGUCGGCCCUCUCCGGCGGGGAUUACGUCUCGGCCAAGCAGGGGCAGAACCUGCCCGGCGUCGAUUUCUACGUGCGCGCGCUGCAGAAUGUGUUUGGCAUACGCCGGCCGGGGGCCGUCGGGUAUGAGGGGUAUGCGGAUUAUUCGGGGCAGUCGAGCCUGGCGCUGUAUCGGAAGUGGCAGGGCUUGAGUGGGAGUGCCGAGGGGGUGGCCGAGGUGGUGCGGUUGGUGUGGACGGAUAUUGCGGCGAAUGCGGUGGUGGGGACCAAGGGGUGGGGGUUAGAUGAUCCGGUCGCGGCGGGGCGGGUUGCGGGUGGUGGUGUGGUGACCCAGAAGAGGGAUGGUGCUGGCGGGAAGGUCAAUGAUAAGGUGUUGGUGACGGUGUAUCGUCGAAGGGUGCGGUAUCGGCUGCCGUAUAUGGUGCCGGCGGCCGUGGUGUUGGCGUUGGCGAUAGUUGUGUUGGGGACGUGGUUGGUGCUGUUGGUCAUGGGGCGGACGGGGCCGGCUAAAAUGCGCCGGUUGUUGGAUGCCACCUCCCCGGGAAGAAUUCUAGGCGGGUUCCUUUGGCCGAACAAGGCCGCGACGCUCAGGGGUACGGAUGAGUGGGUCAAGACGGUUGGGACUAGGGUUGUCAUUGUUGGUUCGGGUCCCGGGGAUGCGGUUGCAGCUGCGGCGAAGCAGGGAGAGGCAGAUCGGGAUCAGGAGGGCCAGGUUGUGGGCGAGGAGUCGAUUCAGUUGAUUGAGAAGAAUAAACCCGUAGUGGCCACGGGUUGGUAG